AAUGCGAUCAGAGGUUAUCUCCAAAAGGAUAUAAAUGAAUUACCAUUUAUAAUACGAAAGCCAGAUCAACGGAUUCGAGGUCUGCAGUGGAGCACUCCCAGUCAGUUGAUAUAUCAGUGCACAGAUCGGAAAACAGAUAAAGCAAGCGUUAGCUUCAUUGRGGGAUCACUGUGCAACACCGACAAGCUACAGAUACUUAUCACCAUGCGAGACUUUGAGGCAUCUAGCUGCGAACAACGGUCGCUGCUCUCUCCCCUCAGCACAGGUAGUUCCAGUGGAUCAGAAACCAGUCUCAGUCCAGGCUCAACCACAAGGAACCAAAGCCGAUACUACGUGAACAGGAAGGCUGUGACACUACCUCUGGAUGACAGAAGGCAUGCCUACAUGAAAAGACUAUAUACCAAUAGCCGUGAACGCUGGAGACAACAGCAUGUCAACCUAGCUUUUGCAGAACUCAGAAAACUWAUUCCAACUUAUCCACCAGAGAGAAAGCUCUCCAAAAACGAGAUCCUGAGACUAUCGAUGAAGUAUAUAAAAUUUCUUGAACGCGUUCUUGGCGACAUGAACACAACUUCAGAUGACCCAAGAGAUGCUCAAAAUGAUAAAAACCAAGAUAGUGACACACAAUCAUCGGCCCGCGAUACUUCCUCGAACCAAGGCAAUGCGUGUACUUCUAAUAAAGACAGUCCCAUGACGAUAGAAGAUGAUCAUUCAUCAACACAAGACGAAAUCUCAGCUCUUAUAUUUGGACAAUCAUGAACGAUCAUGGAAGAAAGAUAUGAGAAGAUCUAAUUCUAAUAAUUAAAUAUCUUCGAUCUUUUAUGAAAAGGUCGAGAUGUAAGAUAUUAUCGCAUCGAACCCCAAUAACUUGAUGUUCAAAUUGUACAUAUUAUAUUUUUAAAGGACGAUUAUCACAGUAAUUCCUUUAAGUUUGACGAGUCAUAUGUUAUUCGAUUGAAAUCCGGGGAAUGUUAUUGUAGAUUGUUUAUCAAGUAAAAAUAAAACUAGGCUAGUUAUUAUAUAAUGUUUAUUUUAUGAUCGAUAAAAGUGACAGGGGCCAGUGAAGUCUGGAUCAACUUCUUUCGUCUUCUAACCCUUACAUCUUAAUAGUCUAGAUUUCAAGAGCGCCUCAGAAUGUAAUCUAUAGGGACUAAGGUUUGAUCAGAUAUAGCAUUUUAUAUUAUUUUACGAGGUACUCAUCAACUAAUGUGUAAACUAAUAUAAUAAUCGAUUAUUACUGCAUGGCAGAGAAUUCAGUGUUCAUGAAAAAGAUGGCACCAAAAUUACUUAAUAAAGACUAAGAAAAACCAA